GCUUACUACUGUACCGUAGUAAAACGCUCAAACUUUAGCCAGGCCCAGCAGUUUUUAAAAAGAAAAAGGUUUUCCAUGGAAAUCAUCAAGUAACAAUGUGUCAAUGUGCACAUGUGCAUUUGUGAGUCAAUAAUAUUCAGCGUGCUGAGGUUAAUUCCAAAAUGCUGGUAUGUAUGUGAACGUAAUUAGUGUGCAGUUGCACAGUACAGAGACAGCAACAUCUGCUUAUCACUAAGAGCAGAAGGGUAGGAACUCUGCUAGAUCACAUGACGGGAUGGUGCAGAACUGGAGGACUGCUUUGGAAGAUAAGCAGAUAUCAACGUGAAACUUCAUAUUAAGCUGUUUACUCUCUCUUUUUCUCCAUCUGCUAAAGUGGUCGGCUAACUGCAAGAGACUUAAACUUACAGGCAAAUAUGAAUUAUCAAAUCUACAUUCUCCUUCUGCCUGCGUUGUAUGACGUGUGCCUGUGUUGUUCAGCUGGAAAAGAGGCCAAUAAAGUUUGCUAUAAGGACUCGGUAACCAAAAUCCCAGAGACUUUGGACAGCAACAUCACUAGUAUAUCCUUUUUCAAAAGCAAAAUAUUCACCAUUCCGCCAAGAGCUUUUAUCAAUAUGUCUCACAUAGAGAAUCUGGAAUUCCUUUCUACUCCUAUCACAACCAUCGAGGCAGGUGCAUUUGAAGGUUUACAUAACUUGAAGGCAAUUGAAUUUAUAAGUACGUCAAUAACAUCAAUUCCAAUGGGAGCUUUUCAGGAUCUGCCAAGCCUAGAGAAGCUUGUUUUAAAAGACAACAAAAUAAAAUUUUUGGAAAAAGGACUUUUCGAUGGUCUUGAAAAGCUGAAGGAACUGGGCCUGAACAUGAAUGAAAUUGUUUCAAUUGAUGAAGGAAUUUUCGAUCAGCUGGAUGGCCUACAAGCACUUCAUUUGGGCAGGAAUACCAUCACUUCUGUCUCCAAAGAGAUGUUUGAAAAACUGAGUAAAUUAGAAAUCAUCAGACUCUAUGACAAUCAGCUUAGCAUCAUUCCAGAUGAGAUCUUUAGUAAUCUAACAAACCUUAAAGAGAUUGCUUUACAGGGCAACAAAAUCAGUGUUCUACCCCCAAAACUAUUUCAUAAUAAACCUAAUUUGAAAAAAAUAUAUUUGGAAGAUAAUCUAUUGACUGAAUUGCCUCAUGAGAUAUUUAUGAAUCUUUCUUCAUUGAAAACAUUAAGACUUCAAAACAACCAACUAGUAAGUCUUCCACCUUUUCUCUUUGGGAUGAUGCCAAACAUAACGGAGCUUGAUCUCAGUGAAAACAACCUCGCUGCCCUUUCAAAAGAUGUAUUUGGCUCUAUUGCAGAAUCCAAAAACCUUGACAGACUUAAAUUGUCCCGUAAUAAUUUGAAAAACCUCCCAGAAGGAAUAUUUGACUCUGUUUCUAUCAGUCGAGUUCAUCUGGAAAAAAACCCCUGGAACUGUGACUGCAAGUUCAUACCUCUCUUCCAAUGGAUGAAACGAAACAAGUCAAAUAUAUUUAGAUUCUCAAGUCUUAAGUGUGCAAGCCCAGAACAUUUAAAAGGACAAAUUAUUGAGUCCCUAAAAGAGGACCAGCUGGUAUGUACGUUUACUUUGCCUCCCACGACAACAAUCAGCAUGUUUAACACCACCUAAAAAACAACACCUUCAGUCAAACUGACAAGCACAUUCCCUGCAGCUACAACCUCCAUCACUACACAGACAAGUGAAUUACCCAGCAUACCCACACCCACAAUGUCAACCACUGCAACUACGGCAACAACAAUGGGAACGAUGUACUGUAAUCGACAGCCACUAUUUUGACAACUAUGCCUACAAGUUCAACACUGCUAAGCACUUUGACAAAUACCACCAGUCCCCCAGUAACCACCACGGAGAAGCACCCAACAACUGGCCUUCCUUCACCUGUUCUUUUUGUUACAACCCAGAGACAACCUGCACAACUUCAGUCAACGCAGAAGAGCUUUGCUUGUAUGGACACAUCCUAUUCCUAUCCAUCCUUCUACACAAUCAAAUAAGAUAAUCUGCCCAAUAAUCCUGGCUUUAUUUACUUACUCCUUUUACUGGUCCCUUCAAUUUUGGGAAUUUAAAACUAGCAGAAGCUUACAUCAAUAGCUGCCUGCUCUGUGUUAAUCAUCUGAAAGACAACUUGCUAUACCUGGACUUAUUUACAGUGAUUAUUACUGAUGCCAAACAUAUAUUGUCUAUAAUAACGUAUACUUGUUUAUUAUUUGAAAUUUGUGCAUAUGUUGACAACUAGAGUAAAUUUAAAUGUUUGCUACUGCAUACAAAAAUUGUUGUUCUUGGACUUUAAUCACUGUGUCAACUUUCUGCAUGUCAUACUGUGCAACUACUGAACUUAGCUAAUGAAUGAAUGUAUGAAGUUGUUUUCUCAAAAAUUUUAUUUGCUGCAUGUCUGUCAACAAAAUGAUUGUCAGAUUAAACAAUUUUCAUCACGAUA